CAAACCUGAUUCCAAAGUCACAUUCAUCUCAUGGUAUGAACCGACUGCAUUUGAAUUAAAACUGCUUACCUUCUGCAGGACAUUUUCUGUGAAACGAAUUAAAGAUGUUUACUCUGAUUUGGAUUUUUUUGGCCGCAAACAUUUUGUGUGUCUUGGGGACGAAUUUAGUUCACGUUCCCUGCGAUGACAAGAUUGUGGAGAAGUUGUCCCGACUGGCCGUCACGUACAUAAAUGAGGACAGACAAACAGGUUACAAAUUUGCCCUUAACAGAAUCACAAACGUCCAAGCACAUCAACAGGGUCUUGCUGGAAAGGUCUAUUAUCUUGAUUUAGAUGUCCUUGAGACCAAGUGCCAUGUCCUCAGUCCCAAAUCGUGGAAAAAAUGUGCUAUAAGACCUUUCAUGGAAACUCAAAUCUCUGGAAACUGUAAUACCACAGUCCUCCACACACCAGAAGGCUUCUCAUACCUCCACAGCUAUGACUGCACACUUGUUCCAGACCCUCCAGAGAAGUUACGUCUGACGUGUCCAGACUGUCCUGUGCUGCUGCCGGUCGACAGUCAUGAAGCCAUCACCACAGCUAGGACAUCCCUCCUUAAAUACAACAUACAAAGCACUCUUCCUGUUAGCCUGACUGUGAACACCAUCACCAGAGCCUCUCAUCAGAGCUCGCCUGUUUCCGCUAUUUUUGUGGAGUACACCGUUCAGGAGUGCUCUCCCGCUGCGUUCCCAGAGGUCCAGUGUGGGCCGGGACAUGAUGGUACAGCGCCUGUUGGGUUCUGUGUCGGGGAGGUUCUAGGCCCUGCCCAUGGCCAGCAAGAUGUGAAGGUGUCCUGUGAAAUAUUUCACCCACAGGUGCAUGUUGUCACUCCCACACAGCAAGAGGAAAAGUCCACCACACUUUCCCAAACCCCAACAACCCACAAUAUCCCUCAUAUCUCUGAGCCCACAUUCCAAGAUGUUGGAGCUGAAACGCCUCGGUUAGUGGAGCCAGUGUAUCAGGCCAUCCCUGCAGGACCAGCACCAGACGCCGCGCUGUCCGCCUCGUCCAGUGAGUCCUCAGAGUCUUCCGAGUCCUCUGAGGAACUCAGUGGUUCUGUUCGUGCCGUCAAACCUCCAAUGAACUUCCGUUACGCGGCUCGCCGGCAGAGGAGGCAGAUCCCCACGAGCACCACACCUCCUCACUCGCCCGUGUUCCUGAGCGUCUUUCCCAGCGUCCCGUCUCCGUUCCGCUCUUGUCCAGGCGUCUCUCGCUACACCACCGUGUGAGAGACUUCUUUCCUCAUAGGGCAGCACGAUUAAUCGCAAUUAACUUGAAAUUAAGCUUAAACCAGUUUGGCUGCAAUUAUUUUUUUAUGUGAAACAAGUGAAACAAUUGUAUGAGUUUUUUGUGCACAACAAAGCAAAACAAUAAAAAUGUUUUCUAUACAUCGA